AUGGGUGGCUUUCACGUAUACUGCGCGAUAUGUGGCUCAACCUUUUCCAGCAGGUCAUUUAUAUCAAUUGAUUCUGACGAUGAAAUGGGUGAUCACACUUACUCUGGAGAGGUUAUUGGAGACAGUGAUCUGGGAUGGCUGGAUGAUCUCCGCGCCCUGGGCUUCAACCCAGACGCUGUUGGAGAGAGAAAGGUGCUAUCAAUGCCGACGCAGGUGAAGGUGGUUUUUGAUAUACCUAUCAAAUUGUUCCUACGUUCUAACAUAAAGAAGAUCCAAACGUUCCCGUUGGUCCAAACAGUCAACCGCAGGAUCGCUUCUACGCCUAUAUGCUCUGGCAUGAUGGGGAUCAGGAACAUAUACCUGUUUUCCCUUUUCAUAAGUUGUGCUACGAGGAGAUUCUCCUUCGGUGCUUUAAGGAUGAAACAAUAA